AUGACAAAACAACAAGGAAGCAAUAAUAACGAGACAGACAACUCCUCUGCUCUAGAAUUUUAUAGGAAAGCCCUUAACUUUAAUGUCAUUGGGAGAUACGACCCUAAGAUUAAACAACUACUGUUUCAUACACCCCAUGCAUCCAUAUAUAAAUGGGAUUUUCAAAAAGAUGAAUGGACAAAAUUGGAAUACCAAGGUGUAUUGGCUAUAUACUUAAGGGACAUAAGUGAUAAUGAACCAUUAUUACACAUGGAUUAUAACACAGACUCACAACUUAACAGCAACCAAAGAAAUAGCAACAUUUUUGAGAGUAGUAGAAGCAACAUAUCUGAAAUGUCAAACUUAAGUGUGUUGGAUGACUCCGCAAAAUCUCAAAGGACUGAUGUCUAUUCCAGUAACAACAUCAUUGGUCAAAAUUCGUCAAGUACGGUCCUUUCCGGUAAAGAUAUAUAUAAUUAUGGUCUUAUUAUUCUCAAUAGAAUGAAUCCUGAUAAUUUCUCAAUGGGUAUAGCGCCAAACAGUGUUAUUAACAAACGUAAAGUAUUUGAUGUUAUAGAAAAUAAAGCCAACCCACUAGAGUGUAUGGGUGUGGAAGUCAAAGAUGAUUUAGUAAUUAUAAAGAAUUUGAAACAUGAAGUGUUCGGUAUAUGGAUUCAUACCAUUGCCGAUAGACAAAACAUUUAUGAACUCAUCAAAUAUCUAUUAGAAAGCGAGCCAAAAGAAUCAUUUGCAUAA